AGUAUGAAACUGCGCGCCAGUGCUGGCCACUUUUGACGACAAAGUCGCCAGCUUGUGCUAGAAUCGAAAAGAAAUGGGGAUGUUUAGUGCUCUAGCACAAUACAAAGUUAACUAGCUUUGGCUUGAUAAUAGCUAAAUUCUGAACACUGCUGUGCUGUGCUGGUUCCGCGCAAACUGGUUCCGUGAAUUGUUGUCAAAAGUGCAGAAAUGCUGGUGAAAGCAGUAGAAUGAAAUGAUUAGGCCCUAUUUGCACAAUUGCUGACUAAACGAGUGACCGCCGAACAAGUGCCAUGUAUUCAUAAGACUCAUAAGCAUCUUCCGCACACCUGCGAAUCGGAAUUUAAAGCGACCCCGGGGCAGAAGCGUCGCAUUUCUUCGGCGAACGUUCCACGGAGUCGUUGGCUUGGACUGGACUGGAUUGGUGCGGUGCGGUGACUAAAACGGUCGGACAACAACAGUAGCUUGAUUAGUUGGCAGUAAACAGAGCUGGCGCUCGCAUCGGUCAUUCACACCGCUUCGUUUUGGCCACAAAAGAUCCGCGAUGGGUCUGCGGUUCCAGCAGCUGAAGAAGCUAUGGCUGCUCUACCUCUUCCUGCUCUUCUUCGCGUUCUUCAUGUUCGCCAUCAGCAUUAACCUCUAUGUGUCCAGCAUCCAGAGCGCCGAUUCGGAGAUGCGUCAUCCGAAACCGCCGCCCAAGCGCCGCUCCCUCUGGCCGCACAAAAACAUAGUGGCCCACUACAUCGGCAAGGGAGACAUCUUCGGCAACAUGACUGCAGACGAUUACAACAUCAACCUGUUCCAGCCCAUCAAUGGAGAAGGUGCCGAUGGGCGACCUGUUGUGGUGCCGCCACGCGAUCGCUUUCGCAUGCAGCGCUUCUUCAGGCUAAACAGCUUCAACUUGCUGGCCAGCGAUCGCAUCCCUUUGAACCGCACCCUCAAGGACUACCGCACUCCGGAAUGCCGCGACAAGAAGUACGCCAGCGGUCUGCCCAGCACAUCGGUGAUCAUAGUCUUUCACAAUGAGGCCUGGUCCGUACUCCUGCGCACCAUCACCAGCGUCAUCAACCGUUCGCCGCGACACGUGCUUAAGGAAAUAAUCCUGGUCGACGAUGCCAGCGAUCGCUCUUAUUUAAAACGCCAGCUGGAGAGCUAUGUGAAGGUUCUUUCGGUGCCCACGAGAAUCUUCCGCAUGCAAAAGCGCAGUGGCCUGGUACCCGCCCGCCUUUUGGGAGCUGAGCAUGCGCGCGGCGACGUGUUGACCUUCCUGGACGCCCACUGCGAAUGCUCGCGCGGAUGGCUGGAACCACUUCUCUCGCGGAUCAAGGAGUCCCGUAAGGUGGUCAUAUGCCCCGUAAUCGACAUCAUAUCCGACGACAACUUCAGCUACACGAAGACCUUCGAGAACCACUGGGGCGCAUUCAACUGGCAGCUGAGCUUCCGUUGGUUCUCCUCGGACCGCAAGCGUCAGACCCCAAGCAACAGCUCCAAGGACAGCACGGCUCCGAUAGCCACGCCCGGAAUGGCCGGCGGACUGUUCGCCAUCGAUCGCAAGUACUUCUACGAAAUGGGAUCCUACGACAGCAACAUGCGCGUGUGGGGCGGCGAGAACGUGGAGAUGUCGUUCCGCAUCUGGCAGUGCGGCGGUCGCGUGGAGAUCAGCCCCUGCUCCCACGUGGGCCAUGUAUUCCGCAGCAGCACGCCGUACACGUUUCCCGGCGGCAUGAGCGAGGUGCUCACGGACAACUUGGCGCGGGCGGCCACCGUGUGGAUGGACGACUGGCAGUACUUUGUGAUGCUCUACACCUCCGGCCUGUCGCUGGGGGCCAAGGACAAGGUGAAUGUGACGGAGCGCGUGGCGCUGCGUGAGCGGCUGCAGUGCAAGCCGUUCUCCUGGUAUCUGGAGAACAUUUGGCCGGAGCACUUCUUCCCGGCCCCCGACCGCUUCUUCGGCAAGAUCAUCUGGCUGGACGGCGAGACGGAGUGCGGCCAGGCCUACAGCAAGCACAUGAAGAGCCUUCCGGGGCGCGCUCUGUCGCGGGAGUGGAAGCGGGCGUUCGAGGAGAUCGACAGCAAGGCGGAGGAGCUGCUGGCGCUGAUCGAUCUGGAGCGGGACAAGUGCCUGCGUCCCCUCAAAGAAGACGUGCCGCGCUCCUCGCUGUCGCCAGUCACCGUCGGCGACUGCACGUCCCACGCCCAAACGAUGGACAUGUUCGUGAUAACCCCCAAGGGCCAGAUCAUGACCAACGACAACGUCUGCCUGACCUACCGCCAGCCCAAGCUGGGCGCGAUCAAGAUGCUGAAGAACCGCAACGCCACCACUUCGAACGUGAUGCUGGCGCAGUGCGCCUCCGACUCCAGUCAGCUGUGGACCUACGACAUGGAUACCCAACAAAUCUCACAUAGCGACACAAAGCUGUGCCUCACCCUCAAGGCGGCGACGAACUCGCGCCUUCAGAAGGUCGAGAAGGUAGUGCUCAGCAUGGAGUGCGACUUCAAGGACAUCACCCAGAAGUGGGGCCUCAUACCGCUGCCAUGGCGCAUGUAGAGUGAGGAGUGCCAGGACAUUAUUUCCAUUAACCCUGCCAGCAACUCUUUAACGCAUUGUGAUAUUUAUUGAAAUUGAAUUGUUUGACGAAAUUCACUCGUUGAUUUCUUAACGUGAACAAGUAACCAACCCACAAGCACACAAAGUAGCAGUCCGCUUUCACUGGCACAUUCACCAUUAGGACAGCAAUGAUCUAAAAUCAGCAAUGAUCUAAAAUCAGCAAUGAUCUUAAAUCAGCAAUGAUCUAAAAUCAGCAAUAAUCUUAAAUCAGCAAUGAUCUAAAAUCAGCAAUGAUCUAAAAUCAGCAAUGAUCUAAAAUCAGUUAAGGAAGCAGUGGAAGAAUCUGUGCCAGUGGGAGCAGACUUCACCAAUCAACCGAACACCGAUACAGACCCACAAGAAUUGUUUUCUAAACACAAAUGGAGUGCGUCGGAGAGUUUUUCUCCCGCCUCGAUGGAUCUAGCUGGCAUGUUCUAUGCCGUGUCUACGUCAUAUUAUUAAGCAAGUCUUAGGCAAUUUUUAGCUGUACUGAAAUACUUCCUACCUUCGAACUUACUUUUUGUACACCACUUGAAUAAAGCAACCGAAUGUAGAGAGA